UCCCUGCCCUCUGAUGGCUCAAACCCACUAAACAGCAAGUUGCACCGAAAAAGAGGGACGCUACAAUCAAUCCUAGCAGGCAUACGCAGGUAAAAAAGCUCUCUGUGGACUCAUAGACAUCAAAAGCAAUGGAGUUAGAGGGAGCUGCAUCGCGUAAAGAACCAGAGGUGGAGAAGCUGUGGAUCGGGGUGAUGUCGGAGCAGCAGAGUGUCCCGGAGCAGCUGGCUGCUGGGAAGAGCCAGGGAGGAGGAGCUGGAGCCACGUACAAGGUGCUGCUGUUUGAGUUCGAGAACUUCCAGGGCUGCAAGACAGAGUUCUCUGCAGAGUGUAAAGAUGUGAUGGAGAAGGGUUUGGAGAAGGUCGGAUCUGUGAUCGUGGAGUCCGGACCCUGGGUGGGUUACGAGCGUCACGGCUUCACAGGCGAGCAGUUUGUUCUGGAGAAGGGCGAGUAUCCACGCUGGGACACCUGGACCAACAGUCAGAACAGCUACUCCCUCUUGUCUCUAAGGCCUCUCAAAGUGGAUGGCGCUGAACACAAGCUCCAGCUGUACGAGAGCCCUGCAUUCGCUGGUAGAAAGAUGGAGAUCAUCGACGAUGACGUUCCCAGUUUGUGGGGUCACGGUUUUCAGGAUCGUGUAGCCAGCGUCAGGGCUCUCAGUGGAACAUGGGUCGGCUACAUGUACCCGGGCUACAGAGGGCGCCAGUUCAUCUUUGAACGAGGAGAUUUCAAGCACUGGAACGACUGGGAGGCCCCGGCGCCUCAGAUCCAGUCUGUCCGACGUGUGCGGGACAUGCAGUGGCACAAGAAGGGCUGUUUCAUCGUUAUCGACCCGGAUACGGCUCCGGCUCCGGCUCCAGCUCCAGCUCCGGCACCCCAACCUGACCCGGCACCUCAAGCCCCGCCUGCCACAGCUGGAGCCAGCUGAGCAGGAUCCUCACACGCCGCCGCCCCCUCUGCCUCAACCUCACCUCGCUUGUUUCAGUGAGGAUGACAUGUUUGUUUCAGUGGCGAAUAAAAGUUGUUUGACCCGGA